AUCUCUACCUUUUGAUUUCCCUCAAUUCUGUUAUUCCAUUCAUAUUAUAUGUAUGUUUGAUUGAUUUUUGUAUGCCGAUCCUUAUUCAAACAUAUGUACCAUCUGUUAAUUGAUCCAUGAUCUUUCUGAAAUUGAUUUUGAUUAUUAUAUUGCUAGAGACCAUCUGAUCAUACUGCAAACUCAAAGACAAAAUGUCAGGCGUAUCCCUUGCGCUGGCUCCCGGCUCUAACCCUGACCCUGAGGAAACCACCAGACAACCACCACAACAGACGGUGGUGGGUGGUAUCAUGGGAUCUCUACGUGUGAUUGAACUCCAAUUAGUAGCUUUCAUUAUGGUUUUUUCAGCCAGUGGUCUGGUCCCACUUUUUGACCUUGCCUUCCCAGCCUUCACCACCAUCUAUCUCCUCCUUCUGUCACGAUUAGCAUUUCCUAAUUCUUCCACCACUCGUCAUAGAUCAGAGAUCAUAUUCCAAGGAAACCGCCUCUUCCGAGCAUAUGUGAUAUUGGGAACCACCAUUGGAUUGUUUCUACCAUUAGCUUAUGUUUUGGGUGGGUUUGCGAGAGGAGAUGAGCAUGCUGUUCAGUCAGCAACGCCACAUUUGUUCUUGCUUUCAUGUCAGAUACUAACAGAAAACAUCAUAAGUGGGUUAUCAUUAUUUUCACUUCCUGUGAGAGCUUUGGUGCCAAUGCUGUAUACGGUUAGGAGGAUCUUUGUAGUCUUAGAUUGGGUUCAGGAUGUGUGGCUUAACAAGACCCUUCCUGUAAAUGCUGAAAUCAAGGAUGUUGCUUGGUUUUGGUUUGGAAGGGUUCUAGCUGUGGCCAAUCUGGGUUAUUUUUCGAUCAAUCUGUUUGGGUUUUUGAUUCCCAAGUUCCUUCCAAGAGCAUUCGAUCACUACUUGAAGCAGAGAAAGGAGAUGGAAAGGAAGAUGGGGGAGGAGGACAAGCAAUUUGAAGAUAAGAAGUCCAAUUAAAUUAAGUAGACCAGAAAAACACAUGCAGUGUAUAUACAAGUAAUUGAAAAUGUAUGUUAUGUUUGUGUCCAAAACUACUUAUAAAUUAAUGCACAUGUGUACCGUAUAAAUAAGCGGUUGAUUGGUUACUAGACUGCUCCAUGUACAUGUGUAUAAAGUUUUGAGUUUUGGUAAUUGUAGUGUAUUUGAAGUUUGUAAUUGUAAUUGUAAUUGUAAUUGUAAUUGUUAGCUAGUAACUGUUAGUAGCUGUUUUGAAUAAGACUUGGUCAUUAGAUAGAGCUAUUCUUUAGGAGAUUCUUUUGCUUUUCAGUUAUGUAACUCGCCCCUUCAUUUCUUAGUAUCAAUGCAACAGUCCUUCAGU